AUGAUGGACCCUUUAGAGAACAACUUGUUCGAUCUUCCUGAUUAUGAGAAUACAGAAGAUGAAACGUUCCCCCCUCUUCCACCUCCUGCCUCUCCAGGAAGAGACGAUGUUGAGUGGGCCCAAGCUAACGGAGCGGAACCAGAUGGAAACCAGCAGUCCCAAACAAAGGAUUCUGCUGUCACGACACAGAGAGCAGUUAAAAGACCAAUGCCUAAACUAGAUGCCCAGAGGUUAAUUUCGGAAAGAGGACUUCCAGCCCUAAGACACAUGUUUGACAACGUGAAGUUCAAGGGCAAAGGGCAUGAGGCAGAGGACCUGAAGACGCUCAUACGACAUAUGGAACACUGGGCUCACAGACUGUUCCCAAAACUGCAGUUUGAAGAUUUUAUUGACAGAGUUGAGACUUUAGGAAACAAAAAGGAAGUUCAGACCUGCCUAAAGCGGAUUAGGCUUGAUCUUCCUAUUUUACAUGAAGACUUUGCAAGUAACGAAGGUGGUGGAGGGGAAAGCAACGGCCUGGAUACAGCCACUGAAGAUGUUCAUCCCUGCUCCAGAAACACAGAACUCGGUUCUCCGUCUGGUACAAUGCUCACGGAAGAGCAGCAGCAGCGGAUCAGGAAGAACAGGCAGCUGGCCUUGGAGCGUAGGCAAGCCAAGAUGCAGAGCAACAGCCAGUCGCAACACAAGGAGCUCUCCACUGGUUACUCAGAAGAGGAGUUUCCUACCCCAGUUGCUCAGGACCCCGCAGACCUCGUCGAAGACACUCAAGUUACCACAACCGUGGCUGCUGUUACAGAAGCUGAAGACGGAGCUGUAGCAUUGGAAUGUGCCAGCGGAAAGCAGUAA